GUACCAACCCAAUUUGAUAACUCUGCUUUCCAGAAAGAAAGAGAGAGAUCAGAAUGUCCGAUAAAGCUGGAAGCUAGUUCGGCAACUCGUGGGGCCUAGCAAGUGAUAAGCUAACGCGUUCUGGUGGCUGUAAGGAAAUUGCAGGUCCCUGUAGCCAUUGUGAUCCAGUACGCCCUGUGGCUGAAAACACUCCCAAGGUGUGAUAUCUUUUUCCACGUAGAGCUUAUUCUUUUCCUGGUUUUGAGUUGCACUUCCAUUGUGUGUAGCCGAAAAGUUGUACGAGGCUCAUCUCGGGACGAAGUGAAUCGUGGCAGAUAUGAGUGAAGAGGAAGCCAGGUUACCUCAGAGUUUGAUGAGAGUCCUCCCUGACGACCCCUAUGAGCAGCUGGAUCUGGCAAGGAAGAUUGCCUCUAUGGCUCUUGCUACUAGAAUGUCGGAAUUGGAAAACCGCGUGGGUAGAAUUCGGGAAAAUCUUCACGAGAAAGACAAUUUGAUUGAGGACCUCGAGCGCAGAAUUACCGAUGCUGAUCAAGCCAUUCAAAGAGCAAACAUUCGCAUCCUCAAAACGACAGACGAUCAGAUAAGGCUAUCCAAGGAAAACGAAGUGCUGCAAGGGACCAUCACUAGAUUGAGGCAUGAUGUUUCCAAGAUGGAGUCUGUUCGAAAGUCAUUGGUCCAUACAUUGCAGCUGGAUAAUCCUCAUCUACUCGAUACCGCAGAUGAAAAAUCGUCUAGUCAAGAAAACAGGCUUAAAAAAGCCAUGUCUAUGGACAACUCCCCAAGAUCACCUCUUCAGGAACCUAUCAGAACCCAAAGCUACGACAGAGUGCAAGUGGAGGAUGAUAUGCAAUCUUCUAGCGUGGAAGAUGCCAGGAGGCGAAUGCUUCUUCUUAAAGCGCGCCCGGCUAGAAGGUCCAUGUCCGACUUUGCCAAGACUCGCGCUCUGUCAGUACCACGACAGUUUGAUCACGAAUCAGAUUCUCCACUAUCUCAAGAAGGAAUCGCACUAACACCACCGAUAAGUCCACCCAAAACAUCCCCACCCAAGAGUCGGUCGGCAACAGGGUCCCCCGUGAAACGUAAGAUUCCGGCACCGACACCGCCACAAAGACCGCGAUAUAGCGAGGCUGCUACAGCCCCCAGCUCUCCUCCUCGCUCCCCCUCGAUGAUGAAAGCCGAUGGAAAGGAGUUUUUUCGGCAAGCAAAGAGCCGCCUUCCUUACGACCAGUUCCGUGCGUUGCUAAACACUAUCAAAGAGCUCAAUUCCCACCUGCGGACGCGAGAGGAUGCCUUGAGAAAAGCGGACGAGAUAUUUGGAACAGAAAACAAGGAUUUGUAUGCGUUUCUCUGCCAGCACCUCCCUUCCUAACGUAACAACAAGUCUUUCAAUCUUACAAAGCGAGGCAAUGCCGAGACAACGACGCUCCUCUUCUUUCUUCCAAGAUUGAUGAAGGACAAAACGCGAUGGAAGUCCUUGUCCGCAACAACAACAUCGCUCUGGCCAGGUGUUUCGCCGAUGCGCGGCUCGACGACGCGCGCGCCACCUUUUCGGCAAUGCAAGAAUGCGACGUCGUGUCCUACAA